CGGGAGCCGGGCCUGCCUGUGGCUGAGACCGCGCGCGGCUCGGGGCGGGUCCGCAUUGGCAGAGGCAUGGCCCGCGUGGCCUCUGGGGUCAGCCACACCGCGGGUGGGCAACGUCCCUUCCCUGGGCCUCAAUUCCCGCGUCUGUAAAACGGGGGCGAGAACAGAGCUUCAGGGCAGUACCGCCUGUAAGUCCCUCCUGAAAGCCCUGCCCCUGUGGGUCUGACCCGGUCUGGGGUCCAAACGCAGCGAUGGACUCGCUGGCAGCGCCCCAGGACCGCCUGGUGGAGCAGCUGCUGUCACCGCGGACCCAGGCCCAGAGGCGGCUCAAGGAUAUCGACAAGCAGUACGUGGGCUUCGCCACACUGCCCAAUCAGGUGCACCGGAAGUCUGUGAAGAAGGGCUUCGAUUUCACUCUUAUGGUGGCGGGGGAGUCGGGCCUGGGGAAGUCCACGCUGGUCCACAGCCUCUUCCUGACCGACUUGUACAAGGACCGGAAGCUGCUCAGUGCCGAGGAGCGCAUCAGCCAGACCGUAGAGAUCCUGAAGCACACAGUGGACAUUGAAGAGAAGGGGGUCAAGCUGAAGCUCACCAUUGUAGACACACCGGGCUUCGGGGAUGCUGUCAACAACUCUGAGUGCUGGAAGCCCAUCACCGACUACGUGGACCAGCAGUUUGAGCAGUAUUUUCGUGACGAGAGUGGCCUCAACCGCAAGAACAUCCAAGACAACCGUGUGCACUGCUGCCUCUACUUCAUCUCCCCUUUUGGACACGGGCUGCGGCCAGUGGAUGUGGGUUUCAUGAAGGCUCUGCAUGAGAAGGUGAACAUUGUGCCCCUCAUCGCCAAAGCUGACUGUCUCGUCCCCAGCGAGAUCCGGAAGCUGAAGGAGCGGAUCCGGGAGGAGAUUGACAAGUUUGGGAUCCACGUGUACCAGUUCCCUGAAUGUGACUCUGACGAGGAUGAGGACUUCAAGCAGCAGGAUCGGGAACUGAAGGAGAGUGCGCCCUUCGCGGUUAUCGGCAGCAACACAGUGGUGGAGGCCAAGGGGCAGCGGGUCCGGGGGCGACUGUACCCCUGGGGGAUCGUGGAGGUGGAGAACCAGGCACACUGCGACUUUGUGAAGCUUCGCAACAUGCUGAUCCGCACACACAUGCAUGAUCUGAAGGACGUGACAUGCGACGUGCACUAUGAGAACUAUCGCGCGCACUGCAUCCAGCAGAUGACCAGCAAACUGACCCAGGACAGCCGCAUGGAGAGCCCCAUCCCCAUCCUACCACUGCCUACCCCGGAUGCUGAGACAGAAAAACUCAUCAGGAUGAAGGAUGAGGAGCUAAGGCGCAUGCAGGAGAUGCUGCAGAAGAUGAAGCAGCAGAUGCAGGACCAGUGACCCCAACCCAGCCCCACAUUGCCAUGGAUAUACUGCCAGUUUCCAGGCUGGCCCUUCCCGUUCCUGGACCCCAACUGGCCUGGACUCCACCCUGGAAUAAAUCUGGAUCUCCAAUAGGCCUGGGCACAA